GGUGAAUUCUGAUGAACUGUGUUGCUUAAAGAAGAGGCUGGGAGAGCUGGAGGACAUGCUGAGGGAACUCCAUCUCUCCCUGUCGCUGGUCCUGGUGUUUGCCUGUGGCCUGCUAUACCGGCUCACCCUGAGGUCCCAGUGCUUCUUUGCCUGCCUACCUCUCUUCACAUCUCCUCCGGGGCAGGAAGGCCUCUUAAGCAGUGGACGAAGCAUUGUGUUCAUAGAAACUUCUGAAAGAGUGGAGCCACCUCCGCUGGUCUCCUGUGCUGUGGAGUCUGCUGCCAAAAUCUACCCGGAACAGCCGGUCAUCUUCUUUAUGAAAAGGCUCAGCAAUGCCACACAGCUGAACUCAAACACCAGCUACCCAGCUUUCUCCCUGCUCUCAGCCAUAGAUAAUGUUUUCUUUGUCCCUUUGGACAUGAAAAAACUGUUUGAAGACACACCUUUGUUUUCAUGGUACACCAAAGUCAACAGCAGUACUGAGAAACACUGGCUCCAUGUCAGCUCAGAUGCAUCCCGCCUGGCUAUCAUCUGGAAAUACGGUGGCAUCUACAUGGACACUGAUGUCAUCUCCAUCAGGCCCAUCCCCGAAGAGAACUUCUUGGCAGCCCAGGGCUCCCGGCACUCCAGUAACGGUGUAUUUGGGUUUCUCCCCCACCACCCCUUUCUGUGGGCCUGCAUGGAGAACUUUGUUGAGCACUAUAACUCAGGCAUUUGGGGCAACCAAGGUCCCAAUUUGAUGACAAGGAUGUUAAGGGUGUGGUGCAGACUUAAAGACUUCCAAGAGCUGGGUGACCUGAAGUGUCUGAAUAUUUCCUUCCUUCAUCCCCAGAGAUUUUACCCUAUCCCCUAUCCGGAGUGGAGGCGCUACUAUCAAGUGUGGGACACAGAGCCGAGCUUCAACAACUCCUAUGCACUACAUUUGUGGAACUACAUGAAUAAAGAGGGCAGGACUGUGGUUAGGGGAAGCAACACCCUGGUGGAAAAUCUCUAUCAAAAGCACUGUCCUAAGACUUACAGGGCUCUGAUUCAAGGUGCGGACGGGGAAGUGUCCAGAAAGCCAGGUACAGGUAACACAUAGAGGGCUACUGCUGCUGUGGGAAACUGGACACUUCCAGGCUGCCCCACUCUCCACUGUCUCUAGAGGCUAGGACUUAUCCACAUCUUCAGGAUUAACUUUCUCUGGUAAUAAUACAUGCUUCAAAAGAAAAGUGGCUGUAACGUAGAACAUAUUUAUCCUUCAUGGAACAGCAAGUCUGAAGACAGAUAAUUUAAGGACAGGUAUAUUAAUAGUGGCCAUUAGAAGCCCAGGCUUGAAUCUUUUGGAUUGUUGUCCUAGCAUCUGUAGACCAUGUUCCAAGUGGCUGCUGGACCUACAGCCCAUCAUCGGGUUAUUCUAGACACUAGGAUGACAGAAGGAGGAAAGAAAAUGCAUUUUAUAAAGACUUUAUGCAAGUACUUUAUAAGUUCAAAUACCGUGUAUCCUUGCAUCUCCCUGGCUAGAUUGUAGCUGCAAGAGAGGCUGGUAGUUAGCUAAUAGGUAUAUUUAUGUUCUGUUCUAUUUAAUAUUGUAAGAUUAAUUUUAACACCUGUCAGAAUGAAAGGGACAUGGCUGUUAUUGU